AAAGGGGGACCCGUCUCAUCUCUCAUCAUAAAACCGAGAUCGCACUUGGGAAGAACUACAGAAGGACCUAUAAACCAGAGCAACUAAAGGGAAUUUUAUUUCCUUCAGAUCUGUUGGAGUUCUACACUUGGUGGGAAGGCACUGGACAUACUCACAUAUCAUAGUCUACUUUCUUAUCAAGUGAGGUAUUAAGAAGUCGCUUGACCUUAACCCAGCCAAUUGUGAAGCCAUGACUUUAAACAAAGGCGAUAAGUUGCGGAACAUGGACAAAAGGAGAGGGAGCACGCCGUUUCCCAUGCACCUUCAGACCCUGCAUCGGAGAAGCAUGCCGGUGGACGACCGCGAGCUGCGCUCCUCAAUGCCCCCGGUGCUGGCGGGCGAGCUGACCAACCUCACGCGCUGCACGUCCUACAGUCCCGGUGAGCAGCACCGCGACAGCUGCGUGUCCGAUUCCUCCGACUCGGUCAUCUCCUCCGGUAGUGACUCCGAGGGACAGAUCUACAAGGUCGUACUUUUGGGAGAGCACGGCGUGGGGAAGUCCACACUUGCGCGGAUAUUCGGCGGAGUGGAGGACACGCAUGACUACGAGGACGCAGGAAAUACAUAUGACAGAUCUAUUGUUGUGGAUGGAGAGGAAGCAAAUAUCUUAUUAUACGACAUCUGGGAACAGGACAACAGUCAAUGGCUGAAGGAUCAGUGUAUGUGUAUGGGUGAUGCCUACAUCAUUGUCUAUUCUGUGACGGACAAGUCAAGUUUUGAGAAGGCAUCAGAACUCCGCAUACAGCUCCGCCGGGCACGACAGUCAGAAAACAUCCCAAUCAUCCUGGUGGGAAACAAGACUGACCUUGUACGCUCCAGAGAAGUGUCAGUAGAUGAGGGCAGUGCAUGUGCUGUCGUUUUCGACUGCAAGUUCAUUGAGACCUCUGCAUCGUUACAUCACAAUGUCCGCACUCUGUUUGAGGGCAUCGUGCGGCAGAUCCGCCUGCGCAGGGACAGCAAGGAGGAGAACGCCCGGCGCAUGGCUAACUGCAAACGCCGUGAGAGCAUCAGUAAGAAGGCCAAGCGUUUUCUGGGUCGCAUGGUCGCACGCAAGAACAAGAAAAUGGCUUUCAGGCAGAAGUCCAAGUCCUGCCACGACCUUUCAGUGCUCUGAGUGAGAUGGACUUGUAGAGCCACUACGACCAGAAGCUGUGUGUGUUUUUGACACUAACUCAAGGACUAGACAACUGUACAGAGAUAUCUUUACAUAUUUUAUAUUGUAAAACAGAAACCAACAAUAGUCAAUGGUAUCGAAUUGCAUGAGGCUUUUUAAGUUUAUAUAUUUUAUUUCAUAUUUUAUGUUCUUUUUUGCCUUAAAGUUGUUGAGUGGUCAAAUUCUAGCAGUGCAAGUAGAAAGUCUCAAAGCCAUUUGAUUGUGGACUAAAAAUGUUGGGCUUGCUUUCUCAAGAGAAGAAUUUCUGAAUGCAGUAGCAAUUGUACUGAUGUACAGCUCCCAAACGUGGGAUACACUUUCUCAUGUACAUGUCUAAAAGAUGAGCACAAUUCAUUUUCCUCACUGAUAUGAGAUAAUGGAAUCAUAUUUACUUGAAUCUGAGUGCGCAGGUACGUACUUCAGCACUUCAGAAACACAGGAUUGGGGUUUGGAAGGGCCUCUGAACUGAGAAAUUUCACACAUUUAAUCAUCAAAAUAUUAUUUAAGUGCAAGGUGUAAUUGAAUAUCGUAGAAGCAAUAAAUUAUGUGUUUUUUCAAAAUGUUUGAUUUGCACUUCCAUUUAAUAUUAUUCAAUUGUUAAUUUUAUUACAUGUUUACACUGAUUUUAUAAUAAAGAAUUAAUUUAAUGAACAACA